CAGUAAUUGUGUAUGUUAUCAAACAAGUGGCUUGUAUCGGCUAAGCACAGAUCCCUCACUGGUCUAGGUGGACUACUUGUCACCAUGGCUUAUGAAAGACACUCAGGUCCCCGCCACUACGCUGUGGGCACAAUGUCUGAACGCUUUGACUGCCAUUACUGCAGAGCCCCUCUGCAAGGCAAGAAGUAUGUUGAGAAGGAUGGACACAACUGCUGUGUGAAGUGUUUCGAGAAGAUUGUUGCUAACACUUGUGCUGAGUGCAGGAAACCCAUUGGGGUUGAUUCCAAGGAGCUCCAUUACAAGAGCCGCUAUUGGCACGACUCGUGCUUUCGCUGCUACAAGUGUUACCAUCCUCUGGCCAACGAGCAAUUUGUUUUCAAAGACAAUAAAAUUCAGUGCCCUAAAUGCACCAACCGAGAGGAUGCGCAGCGCUGUGGUGGAUGCCACAAGCAGAUUCAGCCAGGUGGCCGCAAUGUUGAGUACAAGGGUAGUGCCUGGCACGAGGAAUGCUUCACAUGCAGCAACUGCAAGCAGUCCAUAGGGGCUGGCAGCUUCUUCCCAAAGGGAGCCGAUAUCUUCUGUGUCACCUGUCAUGAAGAAAAAUUUGCAAAACAUUGUGUAAAGUGCAAGAAUCCAAUCACUUCUGGAGGGAUAACCUAUCAGGACCAGCCCUGGCACGGCGACUGCUUUGUGUGCGAGACCUGCCAUAAGAAGUUAUCCGGCCAGCGCUUUACUGCUGUUGAGGAUCAUUACUAUUGUGUGGACUGCUACAAGACCUUUGUAGCGAAGAAGUGUUCUGGAUGUAACAACCCAAUCACAGGGUUUGGAAAAGGAUCCAACGUUGUGAAUUAUGAAGGCCAUUGUUGGCAUGAAUAUUGUUUCACCUGCAAGAAGUGCUCUUUGAAUCUGGCAAACAAGCGCUUUGUACGCCAGAACGAGCAGAUUUACUGCACCGACUGUGCCAAGAAGCUCUAAAGCGGCACAUCUACACAGCAACAUUACCAUGGAAUGAUUACUGUUCAACAGCUAUACUGAAUGCAUGCCAAACUGCAAUUACUUAUUAUGCUCUAAAUAUAUAAUGAAUCUUUGUUCGCAUGCUAGUAUCUAUUCAACUUGAUUUAAACCAUAAUAGAUGUGUAGACCUGAUUUUACUUUCAGAAUGAUAUAUGCAUGACUUAACUGCAUUUUGUGGGGGAUGGGAGGGGAAAGAGAAUGAUAGAAUAGAUUCAUUGUGUGCGCUUCAUUUUUGCUGUCCUACAUGGCAGCCAAUUGCAAAUGAUUAAUAAGAUUUGAAUUCAAGAUGAUGCAACUUUGUCGUGUAAGGUAAGGCACAAACAAGCAGCUUCCUCUCUCUUUCCCCCCCCCCCCCCCGAUUUUAUUCCUUCAGACUGCUUUCAUUUAUGUCAGCCCUUAAUUGCGUAAACAUGUUCAUAACAUUAUAUAUAGCUUUUUUCCAUAAGGCAUUUAAGCUUAAACACAGUUCUAUAAAGAGUCUCUAUGGGGCAAUGCAUUAUGAUGAACAUUUGUUGCAUUUUGUAAUGUACCGCUUCAGUUAACUACAAAAUAUUAGUAUACUAAAAAAUACGAGUAUUGUUAGAAGUUUGUGUUUUUAUGAUAAACUUGUUUUAAAAGAACACACUUUUUUGAUGGCUUUAGCAUAGUAAUUUCCAGUUGGAUAUGAGUUACAGCCUUGUCAAAUAAAUACAAUGCAGUAUGUUCAUAUUCCACACAGACUGCAUCUAGAACACCACUUUAGCAAAUUAAUACCGAAUAUAUUUUAUACAGGAAAAUUAGCAAGCACCAGCUUUGCUUUUAAAAAAAAAAAACAAAGCUCGUAGCAUUACUUGCCUGCCUUGUGCUACACAGCUUAAGAAAAAAGUGCAGCUACUGUAUGCUUUUACUCUUUCUGAGGUAUGUAAUUCUCUAUCUCACUAUAUGCACAAAAGAGAACUUCCAGAUCACUUCUGUGUUUGAGUUUAAUACAUACUAAUCAAUGCAGACAAUGCUAUUCAAAUGCCUGUUUGCAGCCCUAAAAAAAAAUAUAUAUAUGUAGAUGCAUGGUAGGUCUUAAAAGUAGCCCAGUCGCAGAAAUAUAGGGGCUGCCAUUAAGUCAGUAAAUUAUGGACUGGCACACGAAUGCAGAGCAGGCAAGUCAGUAAAAUUAGAAUUUAUCUGCAUCCUUUUUCGUGGUAUGCGAUUCAAUUAGAGGCAUAAGGGGGUUAUUGAGACUGCUCUCGGUACUAGGACUUUCAAGAGAGUUCAGCUUCUUGGCAAGUUUACGUUAUGCAUUGCAACAGUUACCACUAGAUGGUGAUGUGCUCACAUUUUAUUAAAGCUGAAGUCAAGGAAAAAAGUUCUCCUUGCAGUGAGUGGGGCUUUACCUGCACUGUCAAUGUUAACUGUACAUUAGGAGACCAAGUACAGCAGUUUUACUUGCCCAAUGCCCUGCUUGUCCCGGUCUUCUCCCCUGUGCUCUGGCAGUCUAUAAUCCUCUGACAUCUUCAAGCCUGAUUGGAUCCCAUAGCCCUGCACUGGACAUGGGGACAGACCUUUGCUGAACUGCAAAGGAUCAUGCAAGUAAGUGCUUUUUGCACAGUCCCCCCCCCCCCC